AUGUGGAAGCAAGCUAGAUCCGACGGUCCUGAUUGGACCUCAUGAAAGACCGCGACAAAGAAAAAUAGGGUUGUCCUUGGCUUCGUAAAUUGUUAUUAGCUGAAAAAACUCUCUAGAAUACUCCACGCCGAGCCUCUCUGCGCCCUUCCCUACCCCAAACCUUUCCUCUCGCUCUUUCUCGCUCCGUCGUCCAUUCCAGUCUCUCGUCGGGGAAUCAUGGGGAAAGGUCCCGGUCUCUACACCGAUAUCGGAAAGAAAGCCAGAGAUCUUCUCUACCGGGAUUACCAGGCGGACCACAAGUUCACCCUCACUACCUACACCGCCAAUGGAGUCGCAAUCACCUCGACUGGUGUCAAGAAAGGUGAGCUGAUCUUGGCCGAUGUGACCACUCAGCUGAAGAACAAGAACAUCACCACUGACGUCAAGGUGGACACAAGUUCUAACCUUUUCACCACAGUCACUAUUGAUGAACCAGCUCCUGGACUGAAGACAAUCUUUAGCUUUAAGGUCCCUGACCAGAGAUCUGGCAAGGUGGAACUCCAGUACCAACAUGAGUACACUGGGAUUAGCACUAGCAUUGGUAUGACUGCAAGUCCGCUUGUUAACUUCUCUGGCGUAGUUGGCAACAAUUUGUUGGCUCUUGGGACUGACCUCUGCUUUGACACUGCCUCUGGGAACUUCACCAAAUUGAAUGCUGGUUUGAGCUACACCAAUGCUGACUUGGUUGCUGCUGUUACCUUGAAUGACAAGGGAGAUACACUCACGGCCUCCUAUUACCACACCGUGAGCCCGUUGACUAGCACUGCUGUUGGUGCUGAGCUGACUCACAGCUUCUCCAGCAACGAGAACACUUUGACAAUUGGCACUCAGCACGCCCUCGACCCUUUGACCACAGUCAAGGGCAGAGUGAACAACUAUGGGAAAGCGAGCGCACUCAUCCAGCACGCGUGGCGCCCGAAGUCUCUCUUCACCAUAUCUGGGGAGGUGGACACGAGGGCAAUUGAGAAGAGUGCCAAGAUUGGACUUGCAGUUGCCCUGAAGCCCUGAACAUGGAGGUUCAACUUCUUGUCUGUGUUGGUGGCCUUGCUUUGUUAGGAUUGAGAGCAGCAAUAACUUGAACAGAUAUGAUGGAGAGAAGAUUAUAUCCCUUUUUCCAAAUGGAUCAUGUUUAUUUGUGUUGGGUUUUUUCCCCUCCUUUCACACAUUUUGGCGGAUUAUGGGUACUGUAGAAAAUAAUCCUUUAGUUGGUGUCAGGAACCAUCAUUGGUUUUCUUGGUUGCGAGUUUUGUGCAUCAACCCUUGAUGCAAAGGGAAGUAAAGUGUAGAAAGAAAUGCUCUUCUUCACCAGCACGGUACUUUGGAAAUUUUUUGGAUGGAAAUUGGUAAAGCUGAACCCUCCGUUUCAUUCAGUUCAUUUAAGUGAUAUGAA